ACACGCACUUCAGUAUUUUGUCUCUUGAGAUCAAAUUUUCACACAGAAAGGACGAUAGUUGUUAUGAAGCCUUAAAAUUUUGUUUUGGGUUGCAUCUUGGUUUAAUUUUUUGCAAAAAUUACAUAUAUAUGAAGAACAUUUCAAUCUUCAUCCUUCCUUUACACUGUGUUCUUUCUUCUCUUUCUACAAAUAGUGAUCAUUUCUAUUGUUGCACUUAAGUGUGACAAACUCGGACGUGGGACUUUCAGUAAGGGUACCAAAAACUAUGGAAUGAUAGCCAGUGGUCAGUGGUGUUGGAUAAAAGUGAACGCAACUAAUAUCACCUCCACAGACAUAGCCUUUAUGUUCCUUGCAGGGAAAGGAUGGGAGUUUGCAACAUAUCUAGUAGCAGGAACGUUGUACAUAAUACUUAUGCUGGAUAAUUGUCUCAGGAGGAGGCGAAAUGAUCCUAGCCUUUGGAAUUCAGAUAUCGUCAGGGAAGAGGAUGAGCGGUUCUGUUAUACACCUUUCAUCCUGUAUCUCCUAAGGCUCUGGGGAUCAACACGAUUCAUCUUUACAAUUACGAAAGCAUAUGAAAAUCAUGCUGUAGUCAAAGCAGAUUCUGUUUUGGUAUAUUUUCAUUGUAUAGGGGAUAGUGCCCAAGCCUUUGCAAACUUCCUUCUUUUUUGUGUUUUUGAUAAAGGUUUUCGGAGAAACAUCUAUCAAGUAUAUGUCACAGAAAAGACAACCGCUUUAAUACCCUACGAAGAUCAAGGGGAAACUGAAACAAAACGUUGAUAUAUCUGUAGUGUGUAAGUCUUCAAAAAUUACAAAAAUAUGAAACAAAACAAUACUUGGGCCAUAAUGUGUCCGGAGUUUAAACAUUUGAUCACUGCUGGCUUGAUAUUAAGUUUUAAAAAUCUUUAAUUUUAUGCUCUAAUGAAUAUGAUCCUGUACUUACUCUGUAUAUAGCAUAGCAAGUUUUACAAGCUUUAUAAUUAUGGACGAAACAGAGAAUAAUUCUAUGUUAUUCAAACUGGUGGUACUUAAGUGCCUGUUUACUUUGGAAGUUAAAUGUAUUUCAGCGUGGAUUCAUAAAAAAGAACGGUCAGAAUUUGUUACUGUUCUGCUUUAUUUUCCGGCGAGAGAGAAUUAACUUCUGAUUGUUGGAAAUAUAUCUCUUAAUACUCAAAUCUCUUAUAUAAGAUUAACA